ACAACAUCCUGAAGCAGAACGCCUCGCAGGAAACUCUGUCACAGUUGACGACCGGCGGAGGAGGCGGAGCCAGCAACACCUCGACGACGGCAGCGGCGGCGGCAGUGGUGGCAGCAGCGGCCGCAGCUGCAGCGGCAACGGCGGCAGCCGCAGCCUCAGCCAGUGCACCCUCGGCACCGGUCCCGGCCAGCAAAGGGCCCACCAGUGCGGCGACCAAUCCCAGCUCGAACGGUUCCGUUUCCUAGACGUUCCGCCUAGACGCGCCCUCACAACACUACUCGCUACUACUACUACUAGCUGCUUUUUAUGAUAGUACUAGGAAAGACGACAACUCGCUACGGGGUGAGAGCGCACGGAGGGUGCGGUUGACUGUAGGAAACCCGGAAGUCGACGCUGGCCACAACCGAACCGAGGACCCGGCGAACGACGAGAAAAGACAGGGCCGCACGCCGAGUCGUACACCCCCGACCACACCACGAAAUGCACCUUGAAGAAGCGCUGGACGACGAUCUCGAGGAAGUCCCAGCAAUCACUUAGCAAACCAAUAUAAAACAAAUGGAAAUUAACAGUAUCUAAUCAAGCAGAAGAAACAGAACAAAACAGCAAAGUUAAUCGUAAUUUGCUAGCACACUGAGAGGUAAGACACUUCGUUCAUUCUCAAAUUCCUAAUAAGCUAGAGUUUUAUUUUAGAAAUCAGAGUCAAAGAUGAGCAAAUUUAGGAACAGACCGCGUAAUAAGCGACGCCAAAAAUGUGUGGAAAAACCGCACCAAUGCUUGGAAAAAGCAGGUAGAUAUUUUGUUUGGAUUAAGGGAGACCGCAAAUUCGUGGCAAUUGUAUGAAAUACAUUGGAAGCUCCUCGAACCGAACCCCCAACGCUACUAUUCCUAUUACUUAAUGAAGAAUGGCAAUUUGUUUUGCCCCAGCAGAUCUGAAACAUAAAAAAUGUGAUUUUGCACCAAGAAAUACAGAUUUAACACAUUUUUCAUUGAUGUAACUUUUAUGUGACCAAAACAAGUCGUGUAAAAGUUCUAUCAACUGUUGUGUAACAUAUGCGUCGAUUGGUUUGUUGGUUGGAAGAAAAUAACCUUCACUGGAUUCCCAAAAGCAGGGAAUGGAAUAUGGGCAGCUCACUGCAAAUUUCCUCAAAGAAACACAAAUUGUUGCGGAACUAGUUUCGGCAACGUUUAUACAACCGUGUGCCCUUUUUGUUUACUUUCGUUUACAAUACCUAAAGCAUGAAGACGCCUGGGUAUGCGUCAUGCCCAAUUGGGAAUUGUUUUUGGAGCCUGUAGUGUUUCAAUGAUAUUCCGGUUUCAAGUUCAUGUUGAAUAAACAUAUAUACGACUAAGCUUGUUAUAUGUAUGUUUAUUUAAUAUGUUGAAACUUAGACGAAAAACAUUCUGAUGUUACCAUAUUUUUUUCAAACAAUUGGCACAAGACCAAUUGAAUCGCAGCAUUAAACGUUGCGACAACUUCGAUGCAACUAAAUUCAGUUACAUAGACGUUGCCGCAACUUUUCUACAACAAAUGUGCAAAACCACUCGAUUCGAUUAGUUUUCCUUCCCCAAACACUAAUACACACAGAUGCAAUGCAAAAACCACGAAUUAAUGGAAGGGAAAGGCGAACAAGCUUAGUUAGGCAAAGGAAGAAGAAACAAAGAAGAAAGCAACCCAAAAUGUGAUUCUAUUGUACAUAUACAUAUAAAUGAUAGUAGUCUACAUAAGAGAAGAAGAGACACGAAUUAUCCGCGGAAUGGAUGGGUGUGACAGUGCGUACGUAAUACUGGUAUGCUAAAUUGAAACAAAUACACACUAAUUAGAACGCGCAAGUUGGUUUCCGAAUCAGACAGACAGAGGUUAGUCGAAGUUUUCUCGAACAUUUUUGUUUUACCCUUUUUCUUCCCCACUACUCGUGGAGGUCAGAAUUUCCUGGGGUCCUUGUGCGAGCGAGCGAGCGCGACUUCAGCGGCGUGAAUCCAUCGGCGUGCCUGGGGAUGCGUAAGCAAAGCAAGUUGUAAAUAUUCUCCGAAUCCAUUGUGUGUGAUUACAAGGAUCCCCUCUAGUUUUGAGACCCCUCCGCGAGGAUUGCUUGCAGCGUAUGAUGGAACAAAUCUUGAGAUGCCAACGAAAAUAGUCCACAAUAUGUAUGAUGAUAGAAUAACACAAUUGGUCCACUCGUUAACGAUAACUAUGCCGGGUCUAUCUCUUUCGGGUCCCUGAAGCAGGUUGGGGUCCAAGACCCCCUCAAUGCAGAACCGAAAGGUGAUAAGCGUGGCAGUUUCGUCAAUCCGGACAGAAAAACCAGCAAAAGUACAGAGAGAACCGAUGGAAACAAUCAGGGAAAGCUAAUAGUUGUUUGAAUUUGAAUCUGAUGGAACUGAUGAGCAGACAUUAGGAACCAAUAAUAAAAAGGGACAGAGGUCCCAAGACAGAAGUAGGAUGCAAAUCAGUAGCAUGAAUGCUGUGAAUAGUUUGUAAGACACAAUAACAGUGCGUUACUUUUUUAUACUGAGUAAGAGCGAUCGAGAAAGAGAGAGAGUGUUUGUAUUCGUCGUAAAACCGUAAGAGAGAAAAAGAAAGGAACUGUUGAUUUAGGCUGUUAAGGAACAACUUGUUUAUCUUUGGUAGGAUUUUUGUUCAAUUUCCUAGUUGAAAACGCAAUUAUUUAGUCAGUCCUAUUUAUUAUUUUGUAUAUUGGUUAACCAAAAAAUGUGAAGCAAAGCAUAGUGCACCUGCGGAGAGAAUGAAUGAGCGAGAGCUAGCAAGAGAGUUGGAAUGGAGACCAGGAUUUUUGGGAGAGAAAAACAUAAACAGCAAUGAAUUUUGAAAGGGAGAAGCGUUGAUUUCGCAAAACGAAGAAAAAUCAAUAAAUAGUUAAGACUAUCAAGAGCAUUAUUCGAUAAUGAGAAACUGCAAAAAUGAGCGAAAAAAAAUUCGUGUAAGUGAAUGAUACGAAGCAAACAAGAUGUUAAUAAUAUAGUCAUUAUGAAAUAUGAUAAAUUGAAAA